AUGUAUAAAUUUGUUACAAAUAAAAGUGGAACUAUCCAUAAAAAUUUUACAGGUCUGUUAUCAUUAUGCUCAAAAUAUCAUACCAAAAAGAUAUCACCACCUUCUGUCUUCAAUAAUAGAGUUUUAUUGGGAUCGAUCACCUAUAAAAUUAUCCCAGUUACAAGUGCACGUUCUUAUCAUGCCACACAACAAUUAUUAUUUAAAACCACUAGGGUUACCUUUAAUAACAAGAAAACAGUCGAUCCCAGAACAACAUUAUUAAAUAAAUUAACACGUGAAGAGAUUAAGAGCCUAAGAGAUAUGAAAAAAGAAAAAGAACAAAAAUAUAAGGAUAGAACAGCAGCAAAUUACUUUAUAAGUGUGAUGGUAUUGUUUUUGGGGUUAGCAUAUGCAGCAGUACCAUUAUACAGAGCUAUUUGUGCUAGAACUGGUUUUGGGGGCAUACCCAUCACAGACCGUCGUAAAUUCACAGAUGACAAAUUGGUUCCAGUAGCCAGUGAUAAAAGAAUAAGAAUUAGUUUUACCUCAGAGGUGUCACAAAUUUUGCCUUGGAAAUUUACCCCCGAACAAAGAGAAGUUUAUGUAUUGCCAGGUGAAACUGCGUUAGCAUUUUAUAAAGCAAAGAAUUAUAGUGAUAAAGACAUUAUUGGGAUGGCAACUUAUAGUAUUACCCCGGGUGAGGCAGCACAAUAUUUUAAUAAAAUCCAAUGUUUUUGUUUUGAGGAGCAAAAGUUGAAUGCUGGUGAGGAGGUUGAUAUGCCUGUUUUCUUUUUCAUUGAUCCUGAUUUUGCUAAUGACCCGCAAAUGAGAAACAUUGACGACAUUGUUCUACAUUACACCUUUUUUAAAGCUCAUUAUGCCAAUAACGGUGCUGUCAGUAUACACAAUAUCACUGAUAAUAACACUGUUGAUGAAAAUAAUAAAGUUCCGCAAGUUAUCGACACUUCAAAGGUGGAAUAA